CGCCAUCCACACCCUUGACCAUGGUGGCGUCAUCGCUCCUUGUUCGGCGACUCCUUGCCAAGCAAGCGCACAAGCUCGCGGCAGUAGCGCCAUGCACAAGAAGCUUCUCUUCUCACUCUGCAGACGUCUGGGAAACCAUCACACGUCGCGAUGGACAAACCGUGUACUACAACCGCGUGACUAAAGAGAGCACUCGCACGAACCCGUUCGCUGCCAACAACACCGCCUCGACUUUGUCUGAUACCACAUCUCUAUCAACAGUCUCGACAUUACCUCCCCCUGUCUUGGAAACGCCCCAAGACUCGACAAAGUCCUUAGAAAAUGCCGUUGUGUACACACCAAUCGACUUUUCCAAAGCCGCUCAAAUCGUGGGCCAAGAGUCUCAACUGGUUCAUAUCACGUUGGAACCAAAUCAAAAACUGCGCGCGGAAAGUGGCGCCAUGAUUUAUAUGACCGAUGGUGUCGUGAUGGACACGCACACCGCCGGUGGCGUGCAGCAGGGAUUGAAGCGGAUGAUGACGGGUGAAAAUUUCUUUGUGACCGAGUACACGUACACGGGGGCGACGUCCGGCCAAGUUUGCCUCGGCACGUCGGUUCCGAGCAAGAUAAUCCACAUGAACUUGGCCGAUUUUGGCGGGGCGUUGGUGUGCCAAAAAGGCGCCUUCAUCGCUGGGUCUCACACCGUCGGCAUCGAAAUGGAGUUUACGAAGAAUUUCGGCGCGGGCUUCUUUGGGGGCCAAGGGUUCAUCUUGCAGCGACUGACGGGACCAGGCGAAGCGUUUGUACGGGCAUCGGGAGCCCUCAUCGAGCGGACUUUGGUCCCUGGUGAAGUGCUGCGCAUCUCGAGCGGUUGUCUUGUGGCGUUUGAGCCAACGGUGCAAUUCGACAUCCAGCGCAUGCAAGGCGUCAAGAACGUCAUGUUUGGCGGAGAAGGACUGUUUGUGACGACGCUGACAGGGCCGGGGCGAGUGUUCCUCCAAGGCCUGCCCUUUGAUCGCAUGGUGUCAGAGAUUGCGAGCCGCGUACCCGCAGGCGGUGGAAUGAUGUUUGUGCCUGGAUUUGGCGGCGGUAGUGUUGGCGGUGGCGACGCGAGAGGAGCUGCUGGCGAAGUUGCCGGAGAGGACGCGGCGACUGCGGACGUGCCCGACGUCGACUCGACGAAGGACUCGACCACGUCAGAGGAAUCCAUGUUUGGGUACGACGGCGCAGAUGCUGAAACCGUGGGCGACGACCCCAAUUCGUUUGUGACGGAGGAAGACGACGGCAGUGAUUUGGGGGACGCUGCCGACGGCGUUGUUGACUUUCUUAAAAAGUGGUUCUAAUCCAAGUACCCGAGGAAGCCACUGUGCCUUGGUGGCAUCACCACCAUGGCGUUCGUAGCUUGUAUGGACGUCGGUGCUUGUGCUUGGCUCAGUGUGAUCAAAGUUUUGAGGGCUUCGGCUCGACUUGGCAACGACGAUAGUCCAUGGAGAUGUCGACUGUGUAAGUCGUUUAUCGUGAACUGUCUUCUGCGAUUACAACAUGCCCAAGUUAUGCAGCCAAGCUAUUGCGACGUCGCAGGACACGACCGAGGCAUGUGGGACGACUGCUUCGUUGUUCAGCACGCACGACAUCCCGUGACAUUGUUUUGCACCGGAGCGUGAAGCCACACAGGACGUCUCUCCUACUACACAGCCGCGCACUACAGGAUGGCCGUGGUGGAACCGCCGCUCACUCAGGUUGUGUCCAGCUCGGCGACGCGUUAGCAUCCAUCGCUGUGACCGUCAUCUCAUUCGGC